GGUGACUGAGAGAUGAGUUCCCUGUUAUACCGCGGCGGCUGCAGCUGCCUGAGCUGGGCAGGGAGAAGGGCCCGGGUGGUUGCUGCCUGCAGAUGGAAGGGAGGCCGGGCAGCGGAGCCUCUGAACAAACCUCUCAAGCAAUGGACUUUGAUAGUCAGCCCCCAAAGCCGCCUUUGUGUAGAGCUGCCCUGCAGUGUGAGGGUGAGCUCCCAGGACCCCUUCGCCUAUCCACACGCAGACCGGGUUUUCGUUACGGUUAGUGGGGUGGACCGUAAUGUGCACCGGGGUCUGGAUCUGGACAACAUUGAAGUGAAGUACGAGGAGAGCUCCCGGCAGGUGGUCAUCCACUCGCGGGACAUUGACAGCCACACCUGCGUGGAGGUCACUACGCCAGUCCGCUUUGAUGUGAAUAUCAAGACAUCAGGGACUGGUUCUGUUAAUAUUAAAAAAAUUGAAUGUGACAACUGCCACAUAGAAACCGAGAAAGGGGACAGUGUUCUGCAGUCAGUCAAGAGCCACGCAGUUAACAUACGCACAGAUGGAGGCAAAGUGAGCUGCUUGGGGACAGUCUAUGGAAAUGUGAAUAUUUAUGCUGCAGCACAAAGUGUAAGCAAGAAUGGAAGAUGCCUUUUCUGAGAGUGUUAAGAUUGAAAAAUUACAGGGAACAUCUAUAAACAUAUGCACUGAAGAUGGAACAUUGAAAGCCAAGUACCUAUAUACUGAAUCGUCCUCCAUAUCUUCGGCUUCUGGGGACAUCCGGCUCGGAAGUGUGCAUGGUGAUGUCAAUCUACACAGCCAACAUGGAAGUGUUACAGUAGGCUCUCUGGAUGGCAGUCUGUCUGCAUCUACUUGUGAUGGCGCUAUGGAUAUUUAUGUGAGCCAAGUGGGACAAGUUCAUCUGAAAUCUGAGGAAGGGUGCAUUACAGUGAGAGUACCCGAGAAGCUUCCAACGUCGCUACAGCUGGCUGGAACCACGGUUGAUGUGAGCCCAGACAUUCAGCUGAAUGAAAUCCAAACUACUUCCAAAGAGGGCCAGGUGACUCUAACAGCCUCCAUAAAUGCAGCCAAUGGAAGGGAGAGGUGGAUUAAAGCAGAAAGCAAAAGAGGAACAGUUUCCCUAAAGACUCAAAACUGGCUCCAAUCUCUAAAGUUUCACACAACCUGAACAUGUAUGCACUGACCUGAUGGAAAAUUCAGUGUCAAUCCGGCUUUUGGCUUUGCUACUUCAAAUGGCUGUAAGGUUUUCUAUAGCAGUGGAUCACUUUCCCUAUUACAGAUUUGCAUGUUGGCAGGUUUAAUCAGGAAAUGAUCUACCACACAGUUCUGUUUUUGCCAUUUAAGGCUUCUUGUGCUUAAAGAGGACAUUUUCUGUUUCUUUGAAAAGCUGAGGAAUGAUAAGAUAAAAGCCAUGCUUUAUUGUAUGUAUAACUGUAUAGUGUGGUGGGUAGAACACCAUUACACAUAGCAUUGCAUCAUAUUAUGUUAGCUUAUGCACUGUGCCUUCUGUACUACAUGGUCCCGAUCUACACAGCCAUGUCAAGGUUUUUUUAAUAGAAAUUUAGCCAUGUUGGCUUCUAUUCAGGGAUCUGCUAGAGGAAAAAAAAAAACAGUAGUUGUAGGUUUUUAAUCCAACAGGUUUUACAGCUUGAAUAUAUACACGUACAGACUUUGUCUAUUUUAAUUCCAAGUGAUAAUACAGGUAAUAGAAUAUCUUGUAUGUACACAAUGCUGUGUUCUAAUGCAAUAUUGUGCGUUAAGGACAAUCUUCUGCGUGGGUAGCCUGUUAUGUAUGCCAAUUCUUUUAAGAAAACACAAUUAUUCAUUGACGUUAUAAACUAGAAUAUUUUUUCUAAGGAUACAAUUCCUGUUUGUUCCAAGUUGGGUACAUAGUCAGUAACACUAAUGUAGGGAUUGUUCAAGGUGACUAGACAAAGUCCUGUAUGAUGGCCACUGUAGUUAGCAAUAGACGAAUCAUAUUGUGGUGUUUACUUACAAUUUUAUACACAAAACUACAAAACUUUUCUUUAAAUUUUAUGAUUAGCAGAAACUUUACAGUUGGCCAGAAAUUAAGCAUGGCACUGGCAAUGAGAGGGUUUUGUUAAAAGGGGACUUUCUAAAUAAAUUCAAUUAAAAUUCUGUUACUUUUUAGUAUCCCCCUCUCAGCAAUCUGUCUCUCUUACUUCUUUCGUCAUGCAGGAGUUGGAGUCAGGGUUUCUCAUUGCCUAGACAGUGUAUUAGCAUUAGAGCUUACUGGCUUUCAGCUAUCUGUCAUUUCAAAUCUGAUUCACUCCUGGGUGUAGAGAGACAGAUGCUGGUCGGAGGAUACUAAAGAGUACCUAGAUUAUUUCAAAAUCAGUACAGCAUGUUAACGGAUGUUAAUUAGAAAGUUUCUUAUUUUUAUGAGAAGCUUAUAUUAAACUUUUAUCACCAUUUUUUUCCCA